CUUUUUCCCUUAAAACAUUUUACUAUAUAAACUCAACUUACUCGCAUCUAUUUUCUACUCAUCAAAAACUUUCAGAAACUCAACAGUCACUAGAGCAGUUUAGUUAAUUUUGCAAUGGACUCUUCCACCGUAGACGGCGGCGCGUCGCGUUGUUCUCCGGGAACCGACGCAAAAAAGCGCCGUGUUUCUUACUUCUUCGACCCUUACAUCGGCGAUUAUUACUACGGGCAAGGCCAUCCAAUGAAGCCUCACCGUAUUCGCAUUGCACACCAUCUAGUUUGUCAGUAUCGUCUUCACCAUUAUAUGGAAUUAUGCAAGCCUUUACCGGCGACUGCGGAGAAUAUUGGGUGGUUCCACUCGCCGGACUACGUUGAUUUUCUGUCGUCUGUUUCACCGGAGACGCUUCAUGAAGAUUAUGAUAGUAGCCAUAUUAACCGAUUUAAUGUUGGUUCGGAUUGCCCUGUUUUUGACGGGCUUUUUGAUUUUUGUCGGGCGUCUGCUGGUGGAUCGCUUGGUGCUGCGGCGAAACUUAAUAGCAAAGAAGCUGAUAUUGCUAUUAAUUGGGCGGGUGGAUUGCACCAUGCGAAGAAAAGUGCGGCUUCUGGGUUUUGCUAUGUUAAUGAUAUUGUUCUUGGGAUUCUUGAACUUCUCAAGGCUCAUAAGCGUGUACUGUAUGUAGACAUUGAUGUUCACCAUGGGGAUGGAGUUGAGGAGGCUUUUUACACCACAGAUCGAGUUAUGACAGUGUCUUUUCAUAAGUUUGGGGACUUCUUUCCUGGUACAGGGCAUAUCAAAGACAUUGGUGUAGGUACUGGGAAGUACUAUUCCUUAAAUGCACCAUUGAAUGAUGGGAUUGAUGAUGAAAGUUUCCGUCAAGUAUUCCGCCCCGUAAUCCAAAAAGUGAUGGAGGUCUAUCAACCUGAAGCUGUUGUUCUUCAGUGUGGUGCUGAUUCACUAGCUGGAGACAGGUUGGGUUUUUUCAAUUUGUCUGGCAAAGGCCAUGCAGAUUGUGUUCGAUUCCUCAGGUCUUUCAAUGUCCCAUUAAUGUUAGUGGGUGGUGGAGGUUAUACAAUUAGAAAUGUUGCUCGAUGCUGGUGCUAUGAGACAGCAGUUGCAGUUGGAGUAGAGGUUUCGAAUAAAUUGCCUGACAAUGAGUAUUCCGGAUAUUUUGCCCCAGAUUAUACUCUUAAUGUUGAACCAUUACCCAUGGAGAAUAAGAAUCCACCCUGGUUUCUGGAGAAGAUCAGGAACAUGCUGCUGGAGCAACUCUCGCAUUUACCUCAUGUACCUAGUGUUCCAUUUCAAAUGACACCUUCCAUAGCAGAAAUUCCAGAAAAGAGAGAGGAAGACAUGGAUGAAAGGCCUAAACCAGGAAUAUGGUUGACAGAGGAUUAUGGGUCUGAUACUGAUGAAGAGGAGAAGUCCAAAUAAUGAAAAGUUCAGCUACAGCAAUUGCUCCAACCGCGGGAACUGACAUGAGGUCUCAUCUGCUGUGGCCUGCUGAUCCGAGUUGUAAUUAGUGAAGGUUAAAUAUAGUAGAGUAUAUAUCUUUAUUAAUUUGGUGAAAGAGAUUUGAGCAUACCAUUUGAUCAUGCUUUAAGUUAAUUGGAUGUGUCAUUUUCAGAUUUCUAUAUCUUGUAGAAAAAGCAUUAGACUAAGAACAAACUUGUAAAAAGCUAGUACAAAAUCAGUUGGCGUUUCACUCAUCUUGUAGAAUUAUUGAAGUCUGAAAUACAUUCGGGGAGUUUCUUCUUCUGA